CAGCAACAAAACUGAGUCUUUAGAUAACAAGAUAUCAUAGGAAGAUCGUCACCAGCAAGGUCAUCAUCAAGAAGAGUCUAAAUUAUAGAAGGAGAGCAAAUCCAAAACACGGGCACCAAACCCAACUCCAUGGCCUUAUGCAACAAACCCAUCAACAACUAUUUUGCUCUUUGUAAAUGUGAUACUUACCUGGACGGCAAAGGGCGUAGCUAGCUAAUAACUAAAGGGGUCAACAACUGACCCUCUUGUCUUAAAAUUUGCCUAAAUCAAUUAUGAAGUUUUAGUUCUGUUGUCAUGGACUCAUGGGCUCAUGGCUAAUUCUUGCAACUUUAUUCGCUUGACCCUCCUUUUCUUUAGAUUUUCUAUCGUUUCUUCUCCACUUUUCUACUAAAGUUCCCUAGUCUCAAAGUCUCAAACCACUUUUCUACUCAACCACUUCCAAUUCCAAGCUACAUUCCUCAGUCCACAAAACUAUGUAGUUUUAGUUUUGGUUCCAAGGAUCAAAAGCUACCCAAUAUGCUUAUCACGCACAGCUACUUCCCUUAACAAAACCCACAUGAAACCCAUAUUGUGCAGAUUGAGAGAGAUACAAAGGACAGUUAACACUUCAGCUUGUGCCCUUCUUACUGAAACCCAGAAAGCUAAUGCCUAUCUUCCUAGACGUUUAAAGACCUCAGAGACAUUCUUGACUGCCCACCAAGUGUUCGACGAAACGCCUGACUUAAACGUGGUCUCGGCCACUACAAUAAUAGGCAGCUUUGCUCGGCAGCACCAUCAUGAAACAGCUGUGUAUCUCUUUUCAAGAAUGCUUGUUUUGAAUAUUCGACCCAAUGAGUACACAUUUGGCACUGUCAUUCACUCCUCGACCGCGCUUGGAGAUUUGAAUAUAGGCAAGCAACUUCAUGCAUGUGCAACAAAGAUGGGUCUGCAUUCAAAUGUCUUUGUGGGGAGUGCAGUUUUGGAUCUUUAUGCUAAGUUGAGCAUAAUCCAGGAUGCUCGAAGAGCUUUCGAAGAAACCCAGAAGCCGAAUGUGGUUUCCUACACUACAUUGAUAUGUGCUUACCUGAAAAAGGAGAUGCUUGAAGAUGCUCUCGAGCUUUUCCGAGUGAUGCCAGAGAGGAAUGUAGUUUCAUGGAAUGCAAUGAUUGGAGGGUAUAGCCAAACAGGCCACAAUGAAGAGGCUGUGAAUCUUUUCAUUGAGAUGCUUCGAAAUGGGUUGGUGCCGAGUCAGUCUACUUUUCCUUGUGCUAUAAUUGCAGCUGCCAAUAUAGCAGCACUAGGAAUUGGGAGAAGCUUUCAUGCCUGUGCUGUCAAGGCUUUGGGUAAGUUUGAUGUGUUUAUUAGCAAUUCUCUAAUAAGCUUUUAUGCAAAAUGUGGGAGCAUGGAAGAUAGUCUCUUGGUUUUCGAUAAGCUCAGGGGAAGAAACAUUGUUUCUUGGAAUGCUUUGAUUUGUGGGUAUGCUCAAAAUGGUAAAGGAGAGGAAGCGAUAAGUUUUUUCGAAAAGAUGAGGGUCUCAGAUUGUAAACCCAACAGUGUUACAGUUCUGGGGUUAUUGUGGGCUUGUAAUCAUGCUGGUCUUGUUGACAAGGGUUACUCCUAUUUUAACCAGGCAAGAAUGGAGGACGCAGGCAUUCUAAAGCCCGAGCAUUAUGCUUGUAUGGUUGAUUUGCUCUCGCGCUCAGGGUGUUUCAGACAAGCUGAGGAGUUUAUUAGUGAUUUGCCUUUUGAACCAGGUAUUGGGUUUUGGAAGGCAUUGCUUGGUGGCUGCCAAAUCCACUCAAAUAUGGAAUUGGGGGAGUUUGCUGCAAGAAGAAUCUUGGCUUUGGAUCCUGGAGAUGUGUCAUCUUAUGUUAUGGUGUCUAAUGCACAUUCUGCAGCUGGAAGGUGGCAGAGUGUGUCAACAGUAAGGAGAGAAAUGAAAGACAAAGGGAUGAAGAGGAUUCCAGGUUGCAGUUGGAUAGAAAUCAGAAGCAAAGUUCAUGUAUUUACCACCGGCGACAAGAACCAUGACCAAAUGAAUGAAAUUUAUACUGUGUUAGAAAUUCUGUAUAGAGCAUUUGAGGGAGAAUAAAUCGAGAGGAGAAAAUUCCCUUGAUGAUAGUUAAUUCUCUACUGCACCAACACUUAGCUGGAGCUGACCUUCAAGCUAAAAGUGCUUCUGUGCAAGCAACUUGAGGAAGCUUCAAAUACAAAAUCUGGGGAGAAAAUGCCUAACCAAAUUGAAUUUUACUGCACGGAUCCGAAUUUAAAAUUCUCCGCUUUUCAUUAUAAUAUAAUUUUUUAUAUUCAUUUUAUGUA